GCUGAAGUUUGCGGUCUCCUUCACAGCCGUUAGAAGCGCGUCACCGAGUCGCGCGCCUGCAGCUCGUGCCCCUUAAAGUUUCGGUCUAGCUUAAACGCCUGGUCGAAAACUUACAAGUUUGAAACUAGUUUUUGCGCAUAUUAUUUUAAGGCUUUGGCCUGGAAACCACGCGUUAUUUCCUGACUGAUAUCUCUUUCGACAAUUUAAGCUGAGAGGACUCUUAACGGUCUGAAUGACCCAAAUCUGACUGAGCGCUAUGGAGACAAAUCAUGAGAUCUGCAGCCAUUUCAUCCCACGACGCAACAGUUUGAGGAGAACAUGUGCAGAGAUAGUCAGAGAAGCCAGGCAAUCUCUGCGAGUUCAGUCCACACAGCGACCGUUUACUCCAAGAGGCGGACAUAGGCAGCUAUUUGGGACAAACUCUGUUCGAGCAGAUCAUGACAGCAGACCUCCAUCAGCCUUUAGUCUUCAUGCUCAAAAUUUUGAUGCUGACUCCAGGCCAGGCUCAGGGACUCGCCUCUCACCUCUGAACCACAAACCAAAGUUUCCAUUCCCCUGCAACGCUGAGGAUUCAUUGAAAGACUUUCCCAAAUCCCCCGCUGGGCCGGUAGAAGCGAGGAAAGGGUUGGCAAGGGCUCGGACCCGCCUCCUCAAGCCUCCAUCACUUACAUCGUUGUUGCCUUCAGAUGCAUGCACAGAUGGCCCAGAGCAGAAGCAGCUGUCAUCCAAACUGCUUUGCAGUCCAGACCUCUCCACAGAUCACAGAGGUCACUUCAAACCUGUCCCAGGCAAGACGACUAGUAAAAGCAGCACAAAUAUCCAGCCUGCUCUUGACUCAGGAGUCAGACACACAGGGUGCAGAACAGAACAGAAAACAGAGCUGGGGUAUGGAGACAGCACCACAUGCACAGACAAGGAGGAUGCAGAGUCAUUGGUGUGGAAUAAUGUGAUUCUUCCUCUUCUUCAAGAGCUGGAAACUGUGGCUGCAGGCAGCUCUGAGGGCUCGGUGGACCGCCUGUGUGAUCUGUGUGACCAUCUGCACGACACCUUGUCGGAUGCAGACGUGCUCGGUCGACGCUGUAAGAGGAGGUCUGGGAUACUGCGAACUCUGUUCCGCCUUGUUGAUCUCGACUCUGCCCAGCUCAACCUGCACAUCGCUAAGCUCUGCUUUGCUCUUUGUGUGAGUGGAAAUAACCUGCUCAAUAUCUGUAAGCUCGUCUUCCAGAUCAGCCGCAGUGAAAGCAACGAUGUCCUCUUUGAGAAAAACUCUAUCAUUGAUUCACUGUUGUUAGUGCUGAACAAUGAAGAUGCGCAUGUAUCCGGCGAAGCUCUACUCUACUGUGUUGGUACUUUAAAAUUUCUCUCUGGAAACGCCACAAUCCUCAGACUCUUGCUGGCCAAGAACUGUGUAGGUGUUGCACAGGAACUCAUCCAGAAGCUCUGCAAAGCAACAGACUGCAAUAUGACUGUAGCAGGGCACAUCCUCGUACAGCUGACAGCCACCCUGAGGAACCUCGCAGAUCAUCCUGAUUCCCGCAGACUCUUUGUUUCCUUCAACGUAAUUCCAGCCCUGUGCCUGGUGUUGCAUCAUUAUUGUGAGGACAAAGACAUCUGUACUAACAUUUCCAGAAUUUUCAGUAAACUCUCCUCGUACUCCGAGUGCUGUCUCGCUUUGGCCCAGACCCCCAACUGCUACUCUCUAAUUUUAGAUCUGCUGAGCAAACAUCACCAAAAGCAGGACCUUGUUGUACGUCUUCUCUUCACCCUCGGCAACCUCACAGCCAGAAGCAGUGAGCCUCGACAGCAGCUCUUUCAGUGCAAGGACUGCAUGCCCACGCUCCUCCAACUUUACAACAGCUACCAGAGGAGAAAUGUGUCAUCAAAUACAGCCUUGCAGAAAGAAGCAACUUCCUCCAGAGAACCUGCUGCUGCUACUUUGGCAGACGAUGUGCUGGUGAAGCUGGUCAGGGUGCUGGCAAACAUGUGCAUCCACCCAGCUGUCGGUCCAUCACUGGCUACGAACACAACAUGCAUUCAGCUUCUGAUGGAGACAUUAGAGCAGAGAUCUGUGCAGGAGAGCGAGGAGCUGCUGGUGAACGUGGCUGCCGCCAUCAACAACCUCUCCUUCUACCAAGAAGAAAACUCUGAGAUCAGACACAAUCAGCUUAUUAUUGCAAAGUUGAUUCUGAAAUUGCUGCUUAGUUCAAGCAUGGAUGCCAUGUUAGAGGCCACUCGUGUUUAUGGAAACCUGUCGCUGCAUAAGGACGUGCGGGACUUUGUUAUGAAGAAUAAAGUGCACACGUUUAUGGUGACUCUACUUGACUCAAAGAGAGCCGAGAUGUGUUUUUCUGCCUGCGGGGUCCUGACCAACCUCGCUCUGGACCCUCCCAACAGGGUUGGUCUUGCACUGGAGGGGGCUUCUGCAAAGUUGGUGGACUGUCUGAGAGAUUUCGGGCCAGCUGACUGGCAGUUGGCAGGGCAGGCCUGUCAGGCCUUGUGGAACCUGAUUGGUCACGGCUCCGACAAGCUGCUGCACACAGAGGAGAGAGAGGUGCUGCUGGAGAUCCUCACAGUGUACUCAGAUGAAGAGGAAGCUCUGAAAUGGGCACUUAAUGAAGAUGAGGAGGAUUUCCACAAAGCAUGCUGGGAGUCAGAGUUUUUACCUGUUGCUCAGAAAUUGAUAAAGGUAUUCCAGUCUCUAGAAACUACAGCUUGACACGAUCAGAUUUAUGGUUUCACAGAAAUGUCUGAGUGUGUUUUCCGCAUGUUUCCUGAAUAUGUUAAGUAUAGAGAGCGCUGGGAAAAAGCUUCAGAAAUCCCAAAGAAGCUUUUCCUUCAACUGCUGUCACUGUUUAGUGUGACUGAAGCUUACUGAAGCUGCUGUUUUUCACAAAGGAUGAGGUCACAGACAUUUUACAGGCACUUUAAAGCUCACAGGUUGGGAAAAUGACACAGGUGGAAGUUAAUACUUAAUGUCAGUAUGCAGAACUAUGCAGAUAGAACCUGCAAAAAAUGGGUUUAUAUUAUAUUUUUGUGCAUUCAUGUAAAAAUAACUAUAUAUCUAUAAUGUGUGACAUCUGUGAAAACAUUUGUAUUUAUAUUUUACAAGCAUUUUUGGCUGAUCCAGGUUUUUAUUUUUUGUUAUUUUGGACCUUGAAUGAACUUUUGAACCUUUUUUCACACUGAACUUUAUUCUAUACUGUGUGGUACAGAUACACAAAUGAUAAUGUAGUAUUAAAAACAACUUACUUCCCAGAAUAAAACAUUUAUUGUCUGGACAUUGUGAAGAAUUUAUUGUAAAGCAUUUAUUGUUGCACAGAUAUGGGGCAAGGCAGUGCUUACAAGCUGAAUAGCCAAAAUUACAGCAUAUCCAAAUCACAUUAUUGCUUAAAAGAAAUCUGAAAAGUCAAUUAGAUCUGUGACAAAUUUCUCCACUUUCUGCACAAUAGUGACCUGUAGCAAGCACAAAACAAAAAGGUGCUUUAAAAUAAAAAUCCAAAAGUUUCAGAACAUUGCUCUGCUGGUUGGUAUCAGUGUUAUCAUGAAAAAUAAAAGUUCCUAUUCUGUACAUAACUUGGGAAAGCCAGUGAAAUGUUGGACAGCAGAGCAGGGGAUUGGUAGACAGACCUGUGUGGCUCUGAUGGGAAACCCUCUGAAAUCCACAGAUUACCAGCCUCUGGUAGGGAGCUAACAUGAUAGUCAGGAGCAAAAAGACUCUUUGACCUUGACCUCACUACAAGAAAAAUGGACCAUCAACUUGUCCCCAGUGAGUCAUGCAGCUUUGAAGCAUGCACAGUGCCUGCACUGCACUGAUGAUAAUAAAUUGAGCUAUUCCCCUGAACACCAGUUUACUGGUGAUGUUCUCAGCUGUUUUGUAUUUAGAGCCAUGUAUGUAAGCUUCAAAAAUCAAACUUUAUUUCCACUAUUUUUUAUUUUGUGGCACUAGUGGCCUUCAUUUUGAAAAUUGACUGGCAGGUAUAUUUGGUGGAGAGAGAAGGGAAAGACAUGCAGCAAAGGUCUCUGGGUUGGGACUUGAACCUGUGACGGCUGCAUCGAGGACUGAGGCCUCCUUAUAUAGGUCUAUCCCUGCACCAUCGCCACAUCCCACAACUCAUCUUAUGGCUGGAUGAGCUACCAAGGUCUCCAGUUUUCAUUCAACCAAAUGUAAGCUUAUGGUUAUUGUGUGUGAUUCUCAAAUUGUGUAUUAAUAUCUCUUACAAUCUCUUUCACAAAGCACUAAAAGCACAUUUUAAGAACAAAACUACAAACAAUACACAUUAACUCAGUAUUAGUUUAUUUUUUUUUUUACUUUUCCAUAUUUUCAUAUAAAAAGUGUCAGUAACUGACAUCAGUCAGAAGUUUGAAAGAAAUGAAAAAAAAACUUCCUCUCAAACCACUUUCAAAUGUACCAUUCCUUUAUCAUUGCAGCUCAGCUCCUCCUCAAAUCAUCAUUCACCUGAUUUCCUCAGUCCACCUUCAGAAUGCAGUACUUUACUGAUUUUUAGUAAACAAAAGAAACAAGCAGAGGCAUUAAACCUCUGAUUAAAAUAAAAUCUU